CCAGUUUCCGCGCAGCAGCGUCGCCCAACUUCGGACGUGCGGAGGAGACCGGCGAGCGAGCGAGCGAGCGAGCGAUGGCUUCGUGGCGGUGGCUGGUGGCGUGCAGCGCCCUCCUGCUCUGCGCCGCGCCGGGCACGGGCCAGCAGCGGCCGCCCCUGCUGGGGGGCGUGCAGGACGCGUCGGCGGACGAGGAGGGCGCGCGGCGGGCGCUGCAGUUCGCCAUGAACGAGUACAACCGGGCCAGCAACGACAAGUACGCCAGCCGCGUGGCCGAGGUGGUCCGGGUCAGGAAGCAAGUGAGUAUGCGGGGCGGGCGGGGCGGACUGGAUGACCCCGGAGCGGGGCCGGCCGGAGUCCAGCCCAAGUCCGGGCAGGGAGACUCCCCAAGAAGCAGCCCAUGAAGCCUCUUCACUCGGCCCGGUGCGCGGAGCUGCUUUCUCCGGCGCGGGACUUGGCAGCCUUGACGGCGCAUGCGAAGCCGAAUGUCUUUUCUUACACGCGCAGUAUCUUUUGGGCUAUCUGCUCUUCCCUGGUCCGGCCGCGAAGGACGGGUCCCCGCUCUCAAGGCAAGGCCUUGGUUUCUUUGCCCGGGGAGGAGAGUUUUCUGUUUUCCUGGGACUAGGCAGCGAGAGGAGCCCCCAGGAAGAAUCGCCGCCGCCGCCGCCGCCUGGGAAGCUGCCUGCCCCUUAAGACUGCCAGGCGGCAGCAGGGCUCUUCUCUCCUCUCUCCCGCCUCCCCUCCUUUCGCUCCUGUGUUUUUAGCUGCAGCUCGCCGCACAUAAAUAUUCUGAAUGUUUACAAGUGCACAUGGGACUAAACUUGUGCGCUCCAGGCUGCCAUUAAAGGCACAAGUGCAGGACCAAGGCGAGCAGUUGGCAGCCUGACCUGUGAGCAGAGCAGAGCAGCUGACUUCUUCCAGGCGGUGGGGGUCAGCUCCAGCUUGACUCCCCCCCCCCCCGCAGGAUUCCAGGGGGAGGUCAGUCUCUCCUGCUUACAUAAUCAGCAGCCAAGAUUAUGGCUGCUUGUUGUUGACUGGAACAGCCUUGACCUAACUAGGACAUGUUGGUUUUUAAUGUUUGUGUGUAAUUGAUUUAAAAGAAUAAAGGUCAAAUUUCCUAGUUGCCAAGAUCCAGGUUUGGGGGCAACUAUAUUCUUGCUGAGCAAGCCCCAGCAGACUUUUAAAAUCAAAAAACAUGAAGCAAAAUAAAGCAUGGAAAUAUUGGCGGUUAGACCUCCCCUUACUUCCCCUUUGGCAUAGAAAAAGCCCACACAUUUAGUAAGUUAAAAAUGUUUUGCUUUCAAACUCUUCAAAGUUCAGUUUUAUGUGCUUUUCCGUGCAGCAGAAAAAAGGCAGGCAGUUUAACUUAGUUUCAGCCCUGAUGUCCUUUUGGGUUGGAUUCAUAUGCUGAAGGAUAACAAAUAAAGGCUUUGGUAACCCUUCCUCCCAAGGCGAGGGGGCUUGUCCUAGUUAUGCUUGGCAGGACUGCCUUCUCUGGGUCUGAAUCCCUUCAUGCACUCGCUAGAACUAAGCAUUUGGUUAUGUGAGGCUGAUAUUUAUCCCACAGGACAAAGAGCGCUUCCCUGAUUCCGUUCCUCCAAUACUGCUUAAUUCAGAUAUGCUGCUUACAGUUUUUGGGUGUAAUUCAGCAGGAAUCUGGGCUGUCCAAGUGCCCUUGAAAAUUUCAGCAAAUUGGGGCUGCAAAAGGUCACAUGAAUUGGUCUUUCUUCCAUCUUUACACUGGUAGCAGACGUGUAACGUGUGUCCAGAUGCAUUCUGUUAACCAGAGCUGUACUGAGUUAAGAACCUAAGAAGAGCCUGCUGGAUCAGGCCCAUGGCCCAUCUAGUCCAGCAUCCUGCUCUCACAGUGGCCGACCAGAUGCCCCACAGAGAAGCCCCCAAGCAGGGCCAGGGGGAAAGAGCAUCUCCUCACUGGCAAUUCCUAUCAACUGGCAUUCAGUGCAAGUUCUGCCACUUCUGCACAGCUGUGUCCUUUGAUGCAGUUUGAUUGACAGCUAGUUGGUUGCCAUGACAAAUGACAGCACUGUCAAAAUAAAAGGAAGAUGUUGGCCUGAGACAUCAGUAUCCUGCAGAGCCAAGCCUCUUUACAUUUCCUAUUGCUAUUCGUGUACUGGCUAGUCAGUACUAUAAUCUUUAGGGCUCAGCCAGCAGUUUCUCUUCCCCCAAGCUUGACUUCCUCUUCUCUUUUUAACUAAAAGAUGCAAACAUUUCCUGAAAUUUAAGGAAGUAGCUUUCUCUAAUUUGUUUGCAUCUUGAAACAAGUGGUGGUAUCCUGAUUUUCUAGGGUUCAAGUCAGCUAUGCAAACAUGCAGUAUAGCUACCUAGGCUGGCAUGAUUCUGUGGGGGAAUAAAAAAUUUGAAUCCCUGUGGACCCACAUGUGUGGGUGAACAACAAAAUAAUCGGUUGGGUGCCUAGAUUCAAAAUGCAGGGCUAGAAUAUAGGUUGUUAGACUCUUCUUAUCCCUUUUGCAAUUCUCCCCUCUUUCUACUCCUAUUGCAAGGAACAGACCACAUAAAGCUAGGCAAGUUUAAAAUGCUUUACUUACAAGGUCAGACUUCAAAGGUCUGAUACCUUCAUUGUUCUAUGCAGCUGCAAGAAGAACAUAGGCAGAAUACUCUUGGGUAGGAAAAUCAGAAUAUACUUCCAGACACAUGCUCCAAACUUGGGAGCAACCUUAGCCACAUCCUCCCUGGUGGGUUACAUGUCUUGGAGGGAGAGAGAGAAGGUAGAAGAAGAAGCGUCACUUACUCAUGGAGGUAAGAGAGUAUGACCUAGCUGAGUCUAUGAAACUUAACCCUACGGUCUUAACUCCUUCAUGCACUAACUAGAACCCAUGCAUAGUUAUGUUUGACUGCAAUUUCCCUCAGAUUCAAGGUGUGCCAUUCCUUGCAGACAGCACACCAGAACCUGGCUUUUCUUGCUACUUUCAGCAUAAAAUGUGCAGAAUCAUGUGAACUCCAGAAUCAACAAGAAACCUAAUGAUUGAACUAUUGAGUUGGCUCAGUUCUCCCAUCCUCGUGUAGGGCAUUAAAAAGACAUUAAAUCAAUCCCGAAAUGCACUCCAAAUCUCUAAGAAGCUUUUCUUUUUAUGUAGUUUAUAGAGUAGAAUUUUCUUCCGGGUAGUCUUAAUGCAGACCGAUCCCUCCAAAAUUUGUCCUGUUUUUCUUAAAGCCAUCUAUGCCAAUAGCUGUCACCAUAUCUUAUGACAGUGACUUGCGUUAACCAAAGCACGUUAGGGGAUGCGUUCAGCAUGCUUUGCCCUUCCAUCAUGGAGAUGUGUCGCCUUAAGGUUAAGGGUCUGCUGUUGGUGCCUCUGUUGGGCAUGGUCUGUGUGUCGGGGUGGGGGUCACUAUAACCUCCUCUCUUUCCCCCUUGCAAAGCAGGGGUGAGCCUGAAGCCAUGCAUCUCCAUAAAGGCUUGGAUUUGGACCUUCUGAUGUCAACACCUUGUUCUCUUCUGGUUCCUUGAUGUUACAGGAAUGCCAGUUGUCAGCUCUUUGAUAUAAAGUAAUAACCCAAAUGUCUAUGACGCAGGCAGAUUUAUAGUUCCUCUCUAAAAGGAAAGGCUAAGCACAGGCGGCUCCUGUAUCCCUCUCACUGUUUUCCAGGGGGGCAGCCUUGGACACUGUUCACAGAUGAAUCCCAGUCUGUCUUUUGUGAUUGGAAAAGGCAUCGGGUCUCGUGCAAUAUAUUGAAUAUUCUCUCUAGUAAAGGAGCCAUUUCCCACAUCUUACAGAUUGUCUCUGGAGUCCUUUAUUUUUUCGAUGUUAAAGUUGGGCGAACAACUUGUCCGAAGUCAGUAGCCGAUGUUGAGAACUGUGCAUUCCAUGAAGCGCCAGAGCUGGCAAAGGUACGUAGCAAAAACAAGGACAUUGCUUAACAGUGCUAAAUAUAAUAAUUGGCAGUAAAAAUGUCCCUCAUUAUGAAGGUACUUGUGCAGCACUAUUUUGAACUUGGAAGUGAAAGAAGAAGGAAAGAAAGGCAGUGCUUGGGGAUAUCCUUGGGGUGGGAAUUAAAUCUGAGGAACCUAGUUUUUUUGGGAAAAUACAUUUUCUCUCUAAACAGUCUGCUUGACUGUUUUUACAGGGUCUCCCUUUACCCUGUAAAACUCAGUAAACAUGUAAAACUUUGCCUUUUUUCUCCUAGUUCCACUCUGGAUUAUGUUGUUUUGGGGAUCAGUUCUGAUAAUGUUUUCCUUAGAUGUUCAGUUCUAAGUUAUGGGCUAAGUUAUAAUGUACCAGGAAAUAAGUUAUAUAAUGUACCAGUUCUAAGUUAUAAUGUAGCAGGAAAUUCUCUUGCUGAAGCCACCCUAUAAUGAACUGGAGCUGUGCAAGAGCUCCAAAAAAUAUCUGUGGGGCUGAUAAAGGGAUUAGCCUGUUUUAUCCCCAGUAGCCCUGUGAGGGCCAGUUGAGACAUGAUCUUAAAUGUGUCUUUGCAUUUUGUGUGCUGCUUUUUUAAAAACAAUGAAAGUGGGGUGGGGUUGAUAAUGCCAUCAGAGCAGACAGAUACUAAGAAUAUUCUUCUGAAGCAGCAAUGGAGGUAUUUUUCUACAAAGCAAAUAUUGGCUUUGGAAAGCAUUUUAUCAGGAUGGCAGCUGGAUGGGGGAGAAAGGCUCUAAUCCCAUUAAUGAUUAGCCUCACUCCAGUUUGAAACAUCUGCACAUUGGAUGCAAAGACACACUUAGUUUGGCCUUGAGAGUUAAGGAGUUGCCUAAGGCUUCCCAUAAAUCUUCUUGGCUAAGUAAAGAUUUGAAUGUGUGUUUCUCUUCUCCACCACUUCAGAGCCCGAUCCUUGUAGCCCAGUCCUGUGCAUAUUCACUCUGCACAUGUGAACCUCUGCACAACCCAUUUACUUACUUCCUCCAUAAAUGUGCAGAGGAUUCCUCUAAAUAUGAGGACUGAAGUGCAGCCUGCUUUCUCUGGUUUGGUGCAGGCGGGUCUGUGGAGUAGAGGAAUGGUUUUAUUGUGUCCUCACACCACAACAAACAUCUUGCAUCCAUUCAUUAUAGCAACUAGAGCACAAAGAAUUGCCAAAAUUGGCUGAUUACAAAGAAAAGCAAAAAGAAAAAGAAAAAGAAAAUCUUUAGCAACCACCAACAAAUGACUCAGGAGCCAAAAAGAGUAAAACGCCUGGGUUUUCCAGCAGCCUCUGUUCAACACACAAAGAAGCCCUUGUUUUCUGUUUGGGGGUGCUGUUGCCUAGUCAAAGAACUCAAAACAGUUGCUUGGUGACUUGGAAGACUUCUAGCUGAGCACAGCACAAAAAGCCUUCUGUCCUUAACUAGUUCAAGUUCCCUUUUCAGUAGUUUUUCAGCAUCAGCAGUGCCUGUCUGUGCAACUAUCUAAACUUCGUUAUACAAGUUCUCCCCCCCCCCAAAAAAAGUGAAAAGAAGCACUUGUCUUACUCCAGUUAGCCAUUCUUAUCUCCUCCAUGGUUUCAGGGGGGAUUUCCUUCCAGGUAAAUACAUUUACGGUAUGUUUCUUGCAAUAACAGUCAGCAGCUUUGGGCUGUCCCAUAAUUGCGUAGUAUUGCACAUUUUAACAUUUUUCAUGUAGUAAAGCUUAAAAUGGUACCAAACCUAGUACAAGUAUAUGUAGCCUGAUUCAGCUGAAGUUCAGCGCUUUGGCCCCAUUAAUGUCAGGACUGUAUCGUGUGCUUAAUUCUCCCAUUGGAGUAGAGCAAUGGGAUCUCCAUGAGCUGAACGGAAGUCUCCCUGAAAGGCAGUUUUCAGUCUUCUGUCACAGUCUGGCAUGACAAGCAAGGGAGCUUAGGACGGGGUGAUGCAGCUGCAGGCCUCAUUCCCAGGGCUGCCACAGGAGCCUUUCUACUUUUCCUCAGAUGGAGGAAUGAUUGGCAUUUCUUCUGACUGGGAAAAUGUACUUGGGAUCAAGGUUGUGGGAAAGAAAAAUCUUCAGUCAGGUGCUCUUCUCUGGUGGGAAACCUCAGGGGGUUAUCUGGCUAUAAUUUAUCUCCAUUCCAGAAUGCCCAAGAAACCGGGGGUGCCAAUAAGGGGCUGAGCCUAUACAGACAAGGACCCAUUAAGUGACGUGGGGCGAGUCAUUGGGCUACGUGGUCUGGGGGACAGCUGAAGAGAGACAAAUUGUAUCUGACCCCCCCCCCCGAGGCGCCAUUCUUUGCUUCCCAUUGACUCUUCCCUCUAGGAGAAAAUGAUAGCCAUUCAAACUUAUGGCAACAUGGCAUGAGGUUGUCCCUUUUGAUGAGGAGACCAUGAGAGUGGCUCUGUCCAUUUGGGUCCUGUGAUUAUCCCUCAAGAAGGGCAGGCCUUCUCUUCACUUACCUUGCUUGUUGUAACGCUGAGCAUUUUUAUUGUUUGUAUUGUCCACCUGUGCUUACCCCACAGCCAAAAGGGUCAGUUUAUGCUCACAUGUUUGCAUUUACUGUACAUUUACUAUGCUUGUGUACUGCAUAACAAGUUGAGAGUGAAGCAGACUCGCAUUACAACACAUAUUGUCUCAAAACUCCUUGUAGAACUGUGGAUAAAUGAGUGUGCAAGCGGCAUUGCUGUCAGUAGCAGAUCUGUCCUGCUGGGGACCUGCAUGUAUGAAGAUAAAUGAAUGAAUGUUCAAUGAAUGUUGUUGGUGUUUGGGGUGGGGAGGGGGUCUCUCUUGGUGCACAACAAGGGAUUUGUUGUAUCCCUAAUGAUUGAAAACACAGAAACACGCAUGUCCCUCUGCUAAACAGAAAGACAUGAAUUCAUGUUUCACAGAGGGACUAAAGAUGGCACAUGUAUAACUUCUGUGCUGACACAGGAUGCAGUGCACUGGAAAAGUCCCCUAUGAAAUCUCCCUUUAUUACAGUAAAGAUUGUGCAGCAAUAUUUUCCAGUGUUUUGUGCCCAUGCAGUCUUCAUAGGCUGCUGUAAAACAAGGAGCACAACACAGACCAAGUUAACAUUUAAUUCCCUUUAAGGGACUACAGGUGCAAUCCUGCACACCUUUACUUGGAAGUUAGUCUCAUUAAACCCAGUAAAAAUUUACUGCUCAGCUCACAAACAGAAGCGCUUCACUUUAGCUGGGCCAUGUCCAACAUAAGGAUGUUUAUUGGGGGCUGGGAAGGGAAGUAUCACUAGGAUGCUUAUAACAUUAACAUUAACAUUAACUUUUAAUUAGUAAUGUUCUGAUUUACUAUGGAUGCAGUUCAUAUUAGUCAUAUUAAUGGGUUUUCUCUCUCUCAUUCCCUGCUUGUAGCAUGUGACUUGCACCUUUCAGGUGUAUUCUGUUCCUUGGACAAACCACAUCAGCCUGAAGAGAAACAAUUGCACCUAAACGCCUGUUUGCUUCAUCAUAGCUGUCCUGGUGGUCUUCUCCAGAUUCAAGAAGAGCAAUAAUCCAGAUGUAUUCUCAAGCAAAUGUUACUAACUCUGAAAUUCUGACAUAUACUUACAGGAUGCAAGCAAAUCAUGUAGUUUUCCUUUAAAAUGUAUUUUCUAAACUUUUUCUUUGCGAUUUAUCAUUAGGUUUGUAAUCAAUGUUUUCAUGCUGGAUUAGUAUGAAAAAUAAAAACAUACCUUGUCAGAGACUGAGGUUUUUAAAAGAUUUGUGUCCCAUAUAUAUUCAUUCAUAGAAGAGUGACUAGUGGGGUGCCACAGGGUUCUGUUUUGGGCCCGGUCUUAUUCAACAUCUUUAUCAACGACUUGGAUGAUGGACUCAAGGGCAUCCUGAUCAAAUUUGCAGAUGACACCAAACUGGGAGGGGUGGCUAACACCCCAGAGGACAGGAUCACACUUCAAAACGACCUUGACAGAUUAGAGAACUGGGCCAAAACAAACAAGAUGAAUUUUAACAGGGAGAAAUGUAACGUAUUGCACUUGGGCAAAAAAAUGAGAGGCACAAAUACAAGAUGGGUGACACCUGGCUUGAGAGCAGUACAUGUGAAAAGGAUCUAGGAGUCUUGGUUGACCACAAACUUGACAUGAGCCAACAGUGUGAUGCAGCAGCUAAAAAGCCAAUGCAAUUCUGGGCUGCAUCAAUAGGAGUAUAGCAUCUAGAUCAAGGGAAGUAAUAGUGCCACUGUAUUCUGCUCUGGUCAGACCUCACCUGGAGUACUGUGUCCAGUUCUGGGCACCACAGUUCAAGAAGGACACUGACAAACUCGACCGUGUCCAGAGGAGGGCAACCAAAAUGGUCAAAGGCCUGGAAACGAUGCCUUAUGAGGAACGGCUAAGGGAACUGGGCAUGUUUAGCCUGGAGAAGAGGAGGGUAAGGGGUGAUAUGAUAGCCAUGUUCAAAUAUAUAAAAGGAUGUCACAUAGAGGAGGGAGAAAGGUUGUUUUCUGCUGCUCCAGAGAAGCGGACACAGAGCAAUGGAGCCAAACUACAAGAAAGAGGAUUCCACCUAAACAUUAGGAAGAACUUCCUGACAGUAAGAGCUGUUCAACAGUGGAAUUUGCUGCCAAGGAGUGUGGUGGAGUCUCCUUCUUUGGAGGUCUUUAAGCAGAGGCUUGACAACCAUAUGUCAGGAGUGCUCUGAUGGUGUUUCCUGCUUGGCAGGGGGUUGGACUCGAUGGCCCUUGUGGUCUCUUCCAACUCUAUGAUUCUAUGAUUGCUAAGAAUAAAGUACCAUUAUUCAGU